AUGGAUGAAACAAAUCAGACCAUGGUGCAGUAUUUCAUUAUUAAAGGGAUUUCAGAUGCCCCCAGUCUCCAGUUACCCAUCUUCCUCUUGAUUCUAAUCAUUUAUUUCCUAAUUCUCGGUGGUAACAUGACCAUCUUCUUGCUCGUCUGCUCAGACUCUCAGCUGCACACUCCUAUGUACUUCUUCCUAUGUAACCUCUCUGUUCUAGACAUGUGUUGCUCCACUGUAACAUUACAUUAUUUACUCGUGAUGUACGUAACAGGGAAUAAUGUCGUUUCGUUUGUCAGCUGUAUGGCACAAGUCUUUUUUUUUGCAUCUUUCACCAGUAAUGAGCUGUUGAUACUGACGGCCAUGAGCUAUGACCGAUUCAUGGCCAUCUGUAAUCCUUUACAUUAUCGAAUGGUUAUGAGUAUGAGAAUGUGUUCUGUGUUGGCUUUUGCCUCUUGGUCGCUGGGGUUUAUAGAGAUUAUACCUUACAUGGUUUUAAUUCUAAAUAUUUUCUGCUACAGAUCCAAUGUAAUUAACCAUUUUUUCUGUGAUAUAAUGCCUGUUAUAAAACUGUCCUGCAGUGACACUUCAGCCUUGGAGACGUUGAUUUUCACAGAAGGAUUGUUCCUUUUAAGUUUCACGCCCUUAAUCCUUACGUGUAUCUCCUACACCUUCAUUAUUGUCACCAUAUUGAGGAUCCGUUCCAGCACCGGGAGGCGUAAAGCGUUUUACACGUGUUCCUCACACUUGACGGUCGUUAUUCUCCUCUACAUGUCCCUUUUCCUCCAAUACCUCAGACCAUUUUCAAUAGACACUUUGGACUCCGGGAAACUUUUCUCUCUUGUUAACACGGUUGCUGUUCCAACAUUAAACCCGGUGAUUUACAGCUUAAAAAAUAAAGAUGUCAAGUCUGCGGUAAAAAGAAAGCUAAAACAUUGUAAAUCCUAA